AUGACCAAGCAGUUCAAGCAGGCCAUGCCUAAUAAGUUUUCCAUGCGGAGCAGCACUGCCAGUGACUACUCGAGUCUGAGUGAUUCUCAGCUCCUCUUUGGCUCCCAGUUCUGCCUGGAGAAUGUGCAGUCGGCAGCAGCACCACUGGAGCUGGGCACGCAGCCGGGACAGCAGAACUCCCAGGAUAAAGAUAUGGAGAUUUUGGAUAUGAAAUCCAGUAUCCAGCUGCUGAAGGAGGGUCUGGAGUCACUGCCAGCCCAGCUGAAAGACCAGUUCCUGGAACCUCGGACACAGCCCGCUGGCACCGCGCUGCUCGCUCCGGGCAAUCCUGACUGCCCCGCGAGCAGCAUCCCCCCUCCGCCGCCCCGCCGUGUCCUGGUCCCCGGGAACCUGCCUUGGCGCCCCUCCGGAGUCCACGUCCCGGAGGAUCUGCGCCACGGGGAUCCCGUCCCCGGGAGUCCACCCCAGCUGAGCCGCCCGGACCCGCCCGCCCCCGUGCCCGGCCCUGCGGAUCCCGUCCCGGCGGCGGCCUCGGCCGUGCCCCGCGCCCCCCCUCCCGUACCGGGGCCGCCACUGCUGCGGCGGGCGGCGGGAGGGGGCACCGCGGCCCGCGCACCGGGCACCGAGCGGCGGAGCCGGCCCGGCGCGCUGCGGGCGGGGUCGGCGGGAUGCGGCGGCCGCACUGUCCCCGCUGUGGCCCCGCACCAGUCGCGGCUCGACUCCGCUGCGCAGCCCCGCCGGGUCGACUCGGUCCUCACCAUGACUGCAGCACAGCUUGUCACCUGGGGGAUGCUCCUGGCCACCGGGGUCCCUGCCAAGACCCAGGGGGUGCUGCCGGCAGGGCUGUCCUUAGGUGGGGACCCCUUGCACAGCCCUGCCUGGGGACAGCAGUGGCCAGGCCCAUCCCCCACCUGGGAGGCAUCGGGGGAGCCGAGCGGUGCCGGGGCCCCAAGGAGUGAGCGCUGGGGGGUCAAGCACCCCGUGCACUGGUCCCCACCGCUGCAGGCGGGGGAUGGCACCAGGGCAGCCCUGGAGAUGGAAACUACUGUGACAGAUGCUGAUACCAAGGUCUGGAGGGAUGGCAGCACAGUCCCGGCUGUGGCAGACGAGCCAUUUGUUGCCUGGCAAGGGCAUGAGGCUGAAGGCCAGGACAGCUCCCUGCCCCACGGCUCUGCACAGGGGACAUCAGGCUCUGAGGUGUCCACGGACAGAGGGGCAGACUCUCCAGAGUCACCCUGGGCAGGGCAGGACCUGUCCUUGUCCAGGCAGAGUGUCUCCAAGAGAAUCGGCAGACCCAGCCCUCAGCCAACCGUAUCUGCCACUGCCCUGGACGCCAGGCUGGCAGCGGGGAUCAGGACAGCAGAUGCCCAUACAGCGGUGGAGAGACACACAGCCGCCCCGGGCCUUUCUCAGGAUGCACAACUCACUUCAGCCAGCAGCCAGUCGGUCCCACUGGGCACAGCCCCUGUGUCCAGUUCCACAGACGCGGGGCCAGCCUGGGGUCCCCAUGCCAGCCCUGGCUCUGCGCAGCCGGUGGGCAGCUGGGGGGACACGGGAGGGCCCCCCAGCCCCUCCCCGGCCCUGACCAGCUCUGCCCCACGGCUGCGCCACACAGCGCCGUCCUGGGGGCUUGCCGAGCCCUGGACUCGAGUGCUCCCGUCCCACCAGCGCAGCACCCGGAGGGCCCCACUCAGCGCCGCCACCACCACCCCUGGGGAUGCAGCCCCCCGCACGGACCCUGGGACUACGGGGCAGCGGGGACCCCAGCCCGCCGCAGGGUCUGUCCUCAGCACCGGCCCUGCGCCACCCCCCGUCUCCAGCACGGCUACCCCCAGUACCCCGAGCAGAGGGUUGCUGCCCGAGGAGGACGUCGGCUCCCCGCAGCAGGUCCGGGGCGCCGUGGGCCCUGUGAGCGUCCCAAAUGCCACCAAGACGACCCCACAGCCAACGGCACAUCCCACCACGGGGACGCUCGGGACAAGGCAUCCAGACAUGCCAGGGACUCAGACCCCAGCGUCCAGCACUGCGACCCCCUCCGCCACGUGGCGACGGGCAGGGAUAACGCCUCAGCCAGUCCCCCGAGAUCCAUCAUCGCCGCAGCCACAGUCCAGCCGUGCCCCCCCGGCGUCGGGAGCCAACACGACCGGGCUGCGCUGGGCCGAGCUGCAGCAGCAGCUGGGUUUCUCCUGGGAGGCCCAUGUCUACGGAUUGGCUGCCGUCUUCCUGCUGCUGGCGCUGGGCUGCCUGGCCGGGUUGGCGGGGACAGCCAUCCUGCGGCCCGCACACCUUCCCCACGUUGUGGGAGCCCAGGGGCUGCUACUGGCCGCCUGCCUGCUGCGGGCCACCUUCCUGCUGCUGGAUCCCUAUGGGGCACGGGGCCGUCUGCCCACUCCAGCCCUGCUGCUGCUCAACACAGCCCCUUUCCCCCUGCUGCUCGCCGCCUUUGCCCUCCUGCUCCAGCGGCUGCAGCGCCUGGCCCAGCUUCAGCUGCUGCCAUCCCGGCUGCGGGGGCUGCCGGCGCUGGGGAUUCUUGCUGCCCUGCCGAGUGCGGUGAUGGGGGCCGCCGACCUGCUGCCGCCUCGGCUGGGCCUCACCGCCGCGCUGGGGCUGCAGCUCUACAGCGCUGCGUGGCUGCGAGGGGUCCUGGGGCCCCACGGGCGCUUCUCCCGGCCCGGCUGGGCGGCACAGCUCUGGCUGCGGAUCGGCGAGGUGGGCACGGCCGUGGCGCUGCUGGCGGCCGCCGCCGAGCCUGUGUGCCGCCGGUGCCGCCGCCGGAGCCCCGCCGGCCACUCUUGCUGGGCCAAGGCACUGCGGUACUUCUGUGCCGGCCGCAAAGCUGAAGCACCCGAAUACCCCAACAACUGCUACGACUGGGCCGGUAGCAGCACCGGUGGCACCGGUGUGGAGCGAACACCCGCCAACGACAUCUCCAAGAACCUCAUCCGCAACCCGGCGGAGCAGCUGCCCCUGCGGGCUCUGAAGGACAGCAACGAGGUCUGGGCAGCUGGUACCGGGAUGCCGGGGCUCAGCCCCAAGUGCCCCAACAUGUUGGCCGCCCGCUCCUGCGCUGCCUUCGAGCAGGGCUCGUCCCCCUCCCUGGGAGAGCUGAUCUUCCGCCCGCCGUCCCCCAUCGACCUGCGCCGCAGCAUCGACCAAGCGCUCUGCCGCCGCCACCUCCUGCACGACGGCCUCUUCAGCCGGCCCCGACGCGGUUCCGGCUCCUCACUGCACGGCUCCCCAGCCCCUGACAAGACCCCCAGUUUGGGGCGCAUGGUGCGCUGCAGCUCGCUCACGGAGCUGCCCGGCCCCCGCCAGCCCCCCGGCACCGUCACUGUCACCGUCACCGCCUCAGCCAGCUCGCUAGAGAGCAGCUCACUGAAGAUCAGCUGGAACCCCUGGCGUCAUGGGCUGUCCUCACCCGACAGCCUGCCCCUGGACGAGGCGCCCAGCCGGGCCCCUCUCCUGGUGCCCGCUGGAGCACCCGGCUGGGAGCGCGAGGGUCCCCACGCCUCCCCAGCCCUCGGCAAGGCGGUGGACUCCCGCAGCCUCUCCAGCGACACCAUUGAGCUCUGAGCCCGGGACAGGCAGAGACUGGGGUGCAGGAGGACAAUGAGCCCAGUGUGAGGGUGCAGGGGUCUGACCAUACACCCCUGUAGGGCCGGGUAGGGGUGGUUCCA